UCGUGUUGGCCCCAGACUAAUUAGAACGGUGUUCUAGUCGGUCCAUCUAAUUUACAAAUUGGAGCUAAUUAUACCUGAUAUGAUGUAUCGUUUCAUUUUCUUUUUAAUUUACUAUCAAGCACACAUUUCUUUGGCGAUACAAGAGCCCAAUCCUCGAGUAUGUGUUAUUGGAGCUGGCAUCUCCGGACUAUCUGUAGCCAGGUAUCUAAAGGAAGCUGGAAUCAACUUUACCGUUUUUGAAGCCACAAGAUACGUCGGUGGUACGUGGCGAUAUGACCCUAGAGUGCGUGUCGAUGAAAAUGGUCUGCCGUUACAUACAAGCAUGUACAAAGAUUUGAGAACGAAUUUGCCAAAACCAACCAUGGAGCUGCCCGGAUUUCCCCUACCUGAUGAAGCGCCAUCAUUUCCCAGUUGGGAGACUUACUACGAGUACCUGAAGUCCUAUGCUAAACAUUUUGAUUUAGAGAAACACAUCAAGUUUUUACAUCAAGUGGUAUCGGUGAAGAGAGAAGAAAAUUAUUGGAGAAUAAAACACAAACAAAUUAUCACAAGAGAAAUAUUUGAAGAAGAGUAUGAUUUUGUAGUAGUCGCUACAGGUCAUCACAGCAAACCUAGAAUGCCGUACAUUAAAGGAGAAUGGGAUUUUAAAGGUACAAUAAUUCACAGCCACAGCUACAGAACCUCAGAGCCUUAUAAAUGCCGUCGAGUUUUGGUGAUUGGCGGUGGACCGUCAGGCAUGGAGAUCGGGUUGGCUUUGACUGACGUCUGCAGCAAGGUGUUCCAUAGCCACCACUCCAGGGUCAACUUCAGGACCCCAUUCCCGAAGAACUAUGUAAAGAAACCCGACGUGACGCAGCUGAAUGAAACUGGAGCUUUCUUCGCAGAUGGCAGCUUUGAGGAAAUCGAUGAUAUUAUUUAUUGCACUGGAUACGAAUACUACUUCCCGUUUUUCGACCAGUCCAGCCAGCUCAGGAUAUCGAAGAGCAGCGUGACGCCUCUUCACCAAAACCUAGUGAACAUCAACCAGCCCACAAUGGUGAUGAUGGGAUUGGUUAUAAGAGCUUGCUUUGUCAUCGCCCUGGAUGCCCAGGCUAGGUAUACAACAGCGCUUAUCACCGGCAACUUCAGCCUGCCGUCACAAGAGCAGAUGAUGGAGGUGUGGCGGAGAAAGCACGACUUGCUCAGAGCCCAGCGGAGGCCCUUAUCUCACAUACAUUCCUUAGGAUGGGACGAGGACGAAUACUAUGCAGAACUAACAAGAGAAUCUGGCAUAGAGAGAGUGCCACCAGUGAUGUCUAAGAUCCGCGCGAGCGACACCAGAGCAAUCCUGGAGAACCUGCUCACCUACCGGCAGUACUCUUACAGAGUGCUGGACAGGGAGAACUUCUCCAGGACUUGGGAGGGCAGCAGAGGAGACGAGCCUAAACGGGAGAGCUGCAUACCAUAAAUAAAUCGAAUCUAUUUUUUAAGUCAUUUUUACUCUUCUCAUUUAAUUUAUUUAUUGACAUGCAUUUAGGUAUUAUUUUAUAUAGUACUAGCGGUCAGUCCCGACUUCGCUCGAGUAAAUACAUAAUAAAUUAUAACCUAAACCUUCCUUAGGAAUCACACUAUCUAUCGGUGAAAACCGCAUGAAAAUCCGUGCAGUGGCUUUGAGUUUAUCGGGCACAGAUAGACAGACGUGGCGGAGAACUUUGUUUUGUAUAAAAAAGGACUAAAUAUAUAUUUUUUAAUGGCAUGGGCUGCUAUUUAGAUAGAAAUAGAACUAACGGAUGAAGUAUCAAUUUAUAAUUGCUCAACAUUACGUCAAAAAUUGUAUACUUUAUCUAAAUGUUGUCCAUACUACAAGAUCCUAUUUGCGGUAGUUGAAAUAUUGUACUUACAUAUCCAGGAAACAGCGAGAAGUUAAAUUACAUCAUUAUUAAGUUACCUCUUUGAUCACUGUACAAUUUCAUUACAAUAGCCUUUAUUGUAGAAAUAUUUAUUUAUUAAAGUUACUGCUAUAAUAACACAUAAGUUCACUCGGGGUUGCUCUUCUCAGCGUGUGCUUGGCUUGCUCCAAAUCUUUCCAUACUUACCUAUCUCUUGGCAGCCUGACCCAUAAUGUGUCAGGUGCCAGCAGCCUUUUUGAGAUCAUCUGGCCAUCUCUUACGUAUUAUAAAAAGUAUCUGACCAUCUCUCACUGUAUUAUAAAAAGAACUUUUAUUAAGUAUGACGGGAGAUUAUGUCUUAAUUCUGUCAUGAAUCAUGUUAUUAUUGUAAUCACAGACCAUUUAGCCUGAGUCUGUGAUUGUAAUACAUAAUUUCUGUGUCUGUAUGUACCUAAGUAUUAGUGUAAAAUAAAUAUAUAUAGCAUUUUAAGUAUGACCCAUUAGGUUGACUGUUGAUAAUGCUUUUAGUCUUAAGUGUGCCUAUUGUACUUUUACAAAUUAUGUGUUUGUGCAAUAAAUAAAAUGUUGUUUAUCAAUUAAUUAUUGAAAUUCAUACUUUUUCAUUAUAUAACUACAUAAUAAUAAUUUAUUAUGUAGUUAUAUAAUGAAAAAGUAUGAAUUCGACGUUAAUGAAGAAUAAAAAUUAAAAGGAACUUAUUUAGCUGAACAAUAAUUUAAUUACCUAACCAUAUUUGCAAAUUCGACUUUAUUGUCAGUGCGUUAGAGGCCACUUAGAGGCCCAUACAUAGGGUAGAUGUAAAUUUUUUGUUUUCAUGAAAUUUCGAAGGCCGUUAUAUAAAUAAUUAGAAACACCAGUGACAAAUUACUGUAAUAAUGAUAAUAGCUACUUUCAACGUUAUGAUAAAAAUAAAUCACACAAGUUUGGACUCGUCUAAAUGCUCCAUCCAUAGGUACUAAAUGUUACUCUUAUACUACGUAACGUCACGAUUGAGAUCUUAGCGAUAAAAGCUAUGUUUGUUCGACAGCUACCAUUAAUAAAAGUUGUUUCUGUUUUUUUUUUACGAUGGUACUCAACCAUCAUUAUUUUAUAUAAUUGUAUUAUUUUUUAAAUGAAUCUUCCAACCAAUAUUAAAUGUUCGUAUAAUGAUUCAGCAGCAUUGUUACAGUCUAUUAAUUAUGAUAAUAUAAAUAAUAAAAUCUAUAUUUAUAGAGCAUAUAGUUAUAUAUUUUUUACAGUUUUCUGACAUUGUCAUCUACCCUAUUUACUUGUCGCGGUCUCUCACGUACCUAGGUACAUCUGCCUGUACUAUACCGCACGUGUAUUUAUUUUGUGCCAGUGACAUUCAAUUCGUUCAUUAUCACAUCAUUAAGAUCGUCUACGUAAUUAAGUUGACCGAUAAACUUGUUAAGUAUAACAUUUUGUCUAACUUGUGUCCAUUAUCAAUCAAGUCUUUAUGUAAACGUAACGGAUAGUAAAGAGUAAAAUUGGUGUUUAUAUUAUAUAAAAUGAUUCGUUUAAUAUUUAUAAUUUGUGCAUAUCAAGCAAGUUUAUUGCUGGUAGCGACGUAUCCGCAAACGCACAAAGCAGAGCAGCCCUAGAAUGUAGUGUAUCGAUUUUAUUUUGUGAGGAAGAGUUGACAAGGUCAAACAAGUUUACGUCGUCCAAAGAAAAGGUGUGUUAUUUUUGGCGAAGAUCAUUUUACCUAUUGUUCUGCACAUAGCAAGAUUCGAUAAUAAUG